AUUUCACUGUAAGUAAGUAUGUAAUGCUUGAAUGAUGCAAUAAAGAGUGAAACAUAAGCAAACAUCACAAGCAACAAGCACAAGCAACAAGAAGUCCGACCCUUCGCCUGAGAACUCUCGUGCCUUUUCACUUGCCCGAUCCGCUUUCAAAUCUCUAUCGAACUCGAAAUAUCGUGAUUACCUCACUGGUCUAGUCCAUGACUUCAGAGAAACGCCUAAACGUUUUUGGUCAUUUAUCAAGUCCGUAAAAUCUUCAUCGCAUUCUUCUCCAACUUUAGAGUACGAAGACUUAGUGAUUAGCCACAACCGAACACAAUGGCGAGUGUACAGAGUCUGCUGAGCCUGCCGGGAGAGCGCACCACUGGCCAGAGUGUGCGCACACAAAACGUGAUGGCCGCUCAAUCAAUCGCCAACAUCGUCAAAUCAUCCCUGGGCCCGGUCGGCCUGGACAAGAUGCUGGUGGACGACAUCGGCGACGUCACCAUCACCAACGACGGCGCCACGAUCCUGCAACUGCUGGAGGUGGAGCACCCGGCCGCCAAGGUGCUGGUCGAGCUGGCCCAGCUCCAGGACGAGGAGGUCGGCGACGGCACGACCAGCGUGGUGAUUCUGGCCGCCGAGCUUCUGAAGAACGCCGACGAGCUGGUGCAGCAGAAGAUUCACCCGACGUCGGUCAUUGCCGGCUACAGGCUCGCCUGCAAAGAGGCGUGUAAAUACAUCACCAGCCACCUGGCCAUGCCCAUCGCAUCACUGGACAGCCAGUGUAUCGUCAACGCCGCGCAGACGUCCAUGUCGAGCAAAAUCAUCGGCGCCGACUCGGAGUUCUUCUCCAAGAUGGUGGUCGACGCCGCCCAGGCGAUCAAGAUCAGCGACGGCAAGGGCGGCCACCGGUACCCCAUCAAGGCGGUCAAUGUGCUGAAGGCUCACGGCAAGUCGGCGCGCGAGUCGGUCCUGGUUCAGGGCUACGCGCUCAACUGUACAGUAGCGUCACAGGCCAUGGUGAAACGUAUUGCCAACGCCAAGAUCGCGUGUCUGGACUUCUCGCUGCAAAAGACUAAGAUGAAGAUGGGUGUGCAGGUGCUGGUCGAAGAUCCUGAGGAGCUGGAGCGGAUCCGGCUGCGGGAGUCUGACAUCACCAAGGAGCGUAUCCAGAAGAUCAUCGCUGCUGGCGCUAACGUCAUCCUGACGACCGGAGGCAUCGACGACCUCUGCCUAAAGUAUUUCGUGGAGGCCGGCGCGAUGGCGGUACGUCGCUGCAAGAAGCAGGAUCUCAAACGGAUCGCCAAGGCAACCGGCGCGCAGUUCGUCACAUCCCUCGCCAACAUGGAAGGCGAGGAGAGUUUCGAGGCGUCCGCGCUCGGUGACGCCGCAGAGGUAGUACAGGAGCGUAUCUCUGACGACGAGCUCAUCCUCAUCAAGGGACCGGCGGUGCGGACGGCUGCCUCCAUCAUCCUGCGCGGCCCCAACGACUUCUACUGCGACGAGAUGGAGCGAUCGGUGCACGACGCGCUGUGCGUGGUACAGCGCGUGCUCGAGUCCAAGUCGCUGGUGGUCGGCGGAGGCGCGGUCGAAACGGCGCUCUCCAUCUACCUGGAGAACUUCGCUACCUCCAUGAGUUCCCGGGAGCAGCUGGCCAUUGCCGAGUUCGCCCAUUCGCUGCUCGUCAUUCCUAAGACACUGUCCAAUAACGCGGCCCAGGACUCCACCGAGCUGGUGGCCAAACUGCGAGCAUACCACAACGCCAGUCAGACUCAGACGGAGCGGGCCGAUCUGCGCCACGUUGGUCUUGACCUGGUGGAGGGUAUCGUGCGCGACAAUCGUCAGCACGGCGUGCUCGAGCCGGCGCUCUCCAAGGUGAAGCAGCUGAAAUUCGCCACCGAGGCGGCCAUUACCAUUCUGCGCAUCGACGACUGCAUCAAACUGGAGCCGGAGCAGACGGACGAGCGCUCCUAUCAGAACGCCAUGCGCCGCGGCCAGCUGGGCUAGUCGUGCGCGCUGAGACACCCGACUGAGGAGGUCGGCGGCACGCCACCGCCGCCGGCGAGCUAACUUCCGACUGACCAGUGCCCGCGCGCGCCACCAGUGCCGUGUGAAAACGUCCACUUGUUCUUUGUGUUCGCCCCGCGCAAUGUCUUAAUAAAGCACUACUCACGCCA